AGUUCAAUUAUGCGAAGGCAUUGGAGACGGCUGAGAUAAUUCGGGACUCAUCCUACUGAUGAUUUGAUGGAAUGGAGGUUUAGAUGUUGCUGAUAUCCGAGAUGGGAUUGUUGUGGUCGUCCGUGUAUUUCUUUCAGGCAUGUGUGUUAGCUCCUUUCUUAUGUCUUCGUACCCUCAAGUCUCAACUACUUCAAAUUCUAUACAACAGAUUUCUGCCCCACACAAAGAAAACCUGUUCGCUUGCAUUCACUAAAAAAAUGUAUCACAGGCGCAAUUUGACAUACAAAUUUUGCCCGUCUGAAUGGCGUCCUGAUUUAGCGGUAUCUCUGUGCACUGACAACGAGCGAUGGAAAAUAUUGAAUGCACUGGAGAGCUUCACCUCUCAUGAUUGAAGCCUAAAUGUUUUUUCUCAUAUGAUAGAGCAGAAAAAUGGAAAGAGUUUUGCCAAGGAUAAAGUACAUUGGAAUGUUCAACGUCU